AUGCAACAUAAUAGCUAUAAUAAUAGUAACAAUAAUAAUCAACUAUCAACAACAAAUUCAUCAUCAUCAUCAUCAUCAUCACAACAAACAACAAAUAUACAGUCAAAUUCACAACAACAACAAAAUGAUUUAUUAAAAAUUAAAAGAGGGUUUAAAUUAACUCAUCAAAAGUUAGUUUUAGAUAUUGAUUUAGAUAGAAAAUCAAUUGAAGGUUAUACAGAAAUAAUUAUACAACCACAAACUAGAAGAUUAAGAGUUGAUAAGAUUAGAUUGAAUUGUAGACAAUGUUUUGUAACAAAAUGUGAAGUUAAUCAAGUUGAAACACCAUUUUCAAUGAAAAACUAUUUAGAAACUAUCGUUGCAAACCCAGAGAUUAGAGAUAUGAAUAACUAUCAAGCCUAUACAAAAGCAGCAUUACAUUCUUCUGAUGAAGGUGAGCUUUUUAUUGAUGUACCACCUUCUGUUCAAUUUUUUGAAGGUAUUUCAAUAACAGAACAACAACAACAAAGAAAUAUUAUACAAUUUUCACCAUUAGUUAUAAAAAUUUAUUUUAGAUUAGUAAAUCCAAUAUCAUCAUUACAAUUUAUAUUACCAGAUUCAGAAGAGUAUCCAUUAAGAAAACCACAUAUGUUUACAUAUAGUCAACCAGAUGGUGCUAGAAUGUGGUUUCCAAGUGUUGAUCAAAUCAAUGAAAAGUGUACUUGGGAAUUGGAUUUAACGGCAAAUUCCAAUUUGGUAGUGGUUGCAACUGGUCAAUUAUUGGAGAAAGUUUGUAAUGAAGAUGAGACAAAGAAUACAUUUAUCUAUCGACAAGAUAUACCUACCUCUGCAAAUGCAAUUGGAUUUUGUGUUGGUCCAUUUGAAAUCUAUCCAGACCCUUAUUUACCAAAUGUAACUCAUUUUUGUUUACCACAUAAAUUGACAGAGUUGAAACAUUCCGUUCAUUUCUUUCAUCAAAUUUAUCAAUUCUAUGAAGAGUAUUUAGGUGCAUCAUUUCCAUAUAGUUCUUAUAAACAAGUGUUUGUUGAGGAUACUUUACAACCUGCAAGUAGUUAUGCAACAUUGUCAAUUCUAAAUAGUCAUUUAUUACAUGGUCCCACUAUUAUCGACCAAACUUUUGAAACUAGAAAACUCAUUGCCAAAGCGUUAACUCUUCAAUGGUUUGGUUUAUACCUUUCACCAAAGACUUGGUCCGAUGCUUGGUUAUUCCUAGGUUUAUCAGGUUAUUUAGCUUCACAAUUUACAAAGAAACAUUUUGGUUUAAAUGAAUAUAGAUAUAAUCUAGUUAAAGAGGAAGAAUUUGUUUGUAAUGCUGAUAAUGGUACUUAUCCACCACUUUAUCAUGAAAGUUAUUGUCAACCAAUUGAUAUGUAUUCAGAAUUAGCACAACGUAAAUCACCUUUAGUAAUUUAUAUGAUUGAAAAAAGAAUAUCUGAAGAAGGUUUACGUAAAGUUAUAAAUAGUCUUUUAAAUAUUUCAAUUUCUUCUUUAUUAUCAUCAUCAUCAUCAUCAUCAUCAAAUAAUAAUAAUGGUAUUAAUCCAAAUGUAAAUAAUCAAAAUCAAAAUCAAAAUCUUUCAUUAAAUGGUGGUAAUUUAAAUCAAAAUGAUCAAUUAACAACAUCAACAUCAACAUCAACAUCAUCAACAACAACAACAAUAACAACAACAAUAACAACAACAACAACAGGCGAUAAUAAUAAUAAUAAUGGUUUAGUUGGACAAAAUUCAUCAAAUCAAAAUAUUGAAACAAUGAUUCAAACAAAGAAAUUUUUAAAAUUAAUUAAAUCAAUGACAGGUCAUGAUUUAAAACAUUUUUCAGAGAAAUGGAUUUAUGGUAGAGGUUCACCAAAUUUAAUUUGUGGAUUCAAUUUUAAUAGAAAGAAAUUUAUGACAGAGUUUGCAUUGAAACAAGUAUUGAAUAGACCAGAGGAUAAAAUUUCUGGUACACUUAUGAUUAGAAUAGUCGAAUUGGAUGGAUCAUUUGAACAGGUUAUCAAUUUCGAAGAUGAUAUGUUUGAAUAUGAUUUUCCUUGUCAUUCAAGAUGUAGAAAAACAAAGAAAAAAAAGUUACUCUCUGAAGAUGGUGAAGAGAUGGAGAUUGAUUUAUCACAAAAGAGAGAGACACCAUUGCUUUGGUUUAGGAUCGAUCCAGAGUUGGAGUGGAUUCAUAGAAUUACAUUUCGUCAACCAGAAUAUAUGUGGAUACAUCAGUUGGAAUUGGAUAGAGAUGUAAUCGCUCAAAUGGAGGCUAUUAAAGGUUUAAAAGAUUAUAUUAGUUUUAAUUCAGUUCGUGCGGUUUUUAAAUUCAUUCAAAAUUCUCGUUAUUUCUAUAGAGUACGUUGUGAUGCUGCAAUGUUACUCUCGAAACUAUCGACAAAGGAAACCAAUUUCGAAGGUUUAAAUGUAUUGGUAUCCUAUUUCAAAGGUUUAUUCUUUGAUCGUGAUAGUAAUCAAUUGAAGCCAAAUUCAUUCAAAGAUUUCAAUUCUUAUUUCAUGCAAAAAUCAAUACCGCUAUCAAUUUCAUUAAUCAAAGAUAAGGAAGGUAGAACUCCAAUCGAAUGUAUAGAAUUCUUAAUUGAACUUUUAAAAGAUAAUGACAACUCUUUGAAUACCUACUCUGAUUGUUAUUAUUUGGAGGCUUUGUUAUCGGCUUUUUCAAAUAUUCAUACCACCAAUGAAUUGUUAUUAAAGAAAAUAAAGAAACAAGUUGCAAGAUAUUUAAAGUACGAUCAACUCUAUCCAUCCUAUAGAAAUUGUGUUACCAUUGGUUGUUUGAAAGCUUAUUGUCAACUCUAUUCAAUUAAAAACUCAAAAGACGAUUUGGAUUUCACACUGUUUAAAGAGUAUUCAACCUAUAGUCAUUUUGAAGAGGUAAGAAAAGUGGCAUUACAAUCCAUUUAUAAAUUGGCUUAUCAAUUUCAAUGUUCACCUGGUACUGGUUCAAUCAAUGAUUACUUUUUGGAUUUAUUCGAUAAUGAACAAACUCUAAUGAUUAAACAUUUCAUCAUUCAAAUGAUCACUUUACCACCUACAAAUAUUGAAGAGAAAUAUUAUAUCUCCAUGUAUAAAGAUGAUCUUAGAUUAAUAGAUCGUUUAUGGAGUUAUUUAAAUUCAAAGGUUACCUCUUUCGAUAUACCAUUAAAAGUUAAAAUUCAAAAACUCUAUAGAUUAUUUUGGGGUAAAACUAUUCCUCCUGCUUUCCAAAAGAAAUUAAAAUCAAUUAAACAAACAAAUAAAAAACCAUCUGGUAGUUCAAGUAGUAAAAGAGAUGGUCAUGCUAAUAGUAGUAGACAUAGAGUUAGUAGUAGUGGUAGUAGUGGUGGUUCUGCUGGUGUUUCAAGUACAAAUAAAAAGAGAAAAGGUCCAGAUGAUUUAAAUACAGGUUUACAACAAACUCCUGAACAACCUUUAAAAAUUCAUAUCAAACUUGGUGGUGGUGGUGGUGGCGGUAGUUCUCAAGAUAUCAAUUCUCAACCAAGUUUACCAACAAACUCUUCUUCAUCAAAUCUUUAUAAUGGAAUUUCAUUACCUUCAAAUAAUACGAAUGGUAUUUCUUUACCUUCAAAUACUAUAAGAGAUUAUAAUAAUAGUAAUAAUAGUGUUAUUAGUAGUAGUAGUAGUAGUAGUGGUGGUAGUAUUAAUGUUAAUAGUAAUGCCAAUAAUAAUAAUAAUCAUCACCAUCAUUCAUCCUCAUCAGAAAUUUCAGAAUCAAAACAAGAUAUGGUUAAAAAACUUUUAGAAAAAGAUAAUGAUCCAGAUCUUAAAGAGUUCUUAGAGAUUCAAGAUAAAGAAAAGAAACAUAGAGAGAGAACUAAGAGUAGAGAUCAUCGUCAUAGUGGUAGUAGCAGUAGUAGUGGUAAUAUUAGUAGUGGAAAUACAAAUUCUGACAAUACUACCAACAACUUUGUUGAUGUUAAUAAUAACAAUAAUAAUAAUAAUAUUAUUAAUAAUAAUGAAAAAGAUAGUUCACCAUUUAAAGAUAAAGAUAGAAUUAAAGAUAAUAAUAUUAGCAAUCAAAAAGAUAACAACAACAAUAAUAUUCAAAUACCAAAUGAAUCUUCUCCACUAAAAGAUAAACAAAUAAUAUCAUCUGAUUCAGAACCAAUUCAAAAUAUUCCAAUUGUUAAUAACAAUAUUGUUAAUAAAUCUACACGUGAUAAGAUACUAGAAGAAAUCGAUUUAGAUUUAGAGAAUGAUAUAGAAUUCAAAAAAGAUCUUAGUUUAUUAGAAGGUAUUGAAAAAAUAACUGCUUCAAAGUCAUCUUCUAGAGAUCAUCAUAGAAGUAGAGAUCAUAGAGAUUCUGAUCAUCACAGAAGUAGCGAACAUAGAAAAGAUAGGGAACAUAGAGAUAGCAGUCACAGAAGUAGUGAUAAAGAGUAUAGACAUGAAAGAGAUAGAGAACAUCGUAGUAGUACUGAUAAAGAUAGUCAUAGAAGUAGUAGUAGUGCUGAAAAAGAUAGUCACAGAAGUGCUUGUAAAGAACAUAGACAUGAAAGAGAUAGAGAACAUCGUAGUAGUACUGAUAAAGAUAAUAGAAGUAGUAGUAGUAGUAGUGGUGCUAAUAAUACCAAUACCAAUAUUAAUAAUAAUAAUAAUAAUAAUACUAAUACUAAUACUAAUAAUAAUAAUAAUAAUAAUAAUAAUAAUAAUAAUAAUAAUAAUAAUAAUAAUAAUAAUAAUAAUAAUAAUAAUAAUAAUAAUAAUAAUAAUAAUAAUAAUAAUAAUAAUAAUAAUAAUAAUAAUAGUAAUACCAAUAAUAAUGCCAGUAAUAAAAUCGAAAAUAAUAAUAAUAAUAACGGAGAACAUCGUGAACAUAAAAGCAGUUCUGAAAAAGAGCAUAGAGAUCACAGAGUUAGUAGUGAAAGAGAUCAUAGAGCUAGUAUAGGUAGUAGUAAGGAACAUCGUGAUAGAGAUAGAGAACAUCGCGAUAGAGACAGAGAAAGAGAUAAAGAACAUCGUAGUAAUAGAAAUAGUAGUAACAGUGGUGAAAGAGAUCACAGAGAAAAGAAUGAUCGUAGUAGUAGUGGUGGUGGAGUUAUUAUUAAUAACAACUCUAUGGUUCCAAAUGUUAAAGAAAACUCUUCUACUUCUUCCAAAAAUAAUAUGUCUGAGAAAGAUAUUAAAAUGGUUGAAAAAGAUAGUACUAUCAAACCAAUUGUAGAUAAAGAGAAAUCAAGUGAUAGACCAGAAAAAGAAAGUAAGUCAAGUAAAAGAGGUGAUCAUGAUAGCCACCAUAGUAGUAAAUCAACAAGUGACCGUCAUAGUACUAGAGAUAGUAAUAGUGAUGGAAGUCACCAUAAAGAAAGUAAGAGGGAUCACAAGUCCUCUGAUAGAUCUGAUAAAAACUUGGGUGGAGAUUCUCAUCGUCCAGUCAGUUCAUCUUCAACCAUUAAUGCAGGUGAUACAGUUGGUGAAAGUAUGGAGGUUGAUAUUUUGGAUGAUGAUCAUCCAGCAGCCCCAACUAAUAACUCUUCAACUAAAUCUGAAAAACGUUUACCAAUUAAAAUUAAACUUCCAGUUCAACCAAAUGAUUCAUCAUCAUCAUCGUCAUCAUCAACAUCUUCAUCGUCAUCGUCAUCAUCAUCAACAUCUUCAUCAACAUCUUCAUCAACAUCUUCUUCAACAUCUUCUUCAACAUCUUCUUCAACAUCUUCUUCAUCAUUACCAAACCCAUCUUCAAAAGAAAAGAAGAGUAGUAAAUCUGGUAAAAAAAGAGAUUCAAAAUCUCAUGAACAUUCCACUGAAGAACAUAAUGUUACACCAACUCCAAAACAUACACCUCCAAAAGAACAAAAACCAGAGCAAAAACCUGAACAAAAAUCAGAACAAAAACCAGAACAAAAAAAACAAGAUACUCAAUCCACAACCGGUACUGGUAGUGCUGCACCAAAAUUAGUAAUUAAAAUUAAAUCUCCAUUUGCACUCAAACCUCAAACUCAACCAACUUCAGCAACAACAACAACAACAACAGCAACAACAAAUAAUGAUCAACCAUCAAAACUAAGUUCAACUACAACAAGUACAACACAAACAACUCAACCUUCAACUAAACCACCAACUCUAGAGAUAUCAGAAAAUAAACCAACUCCAGCCGAACCAAAGAAAUUAGUUUUAAAGAUACCACUAAAGAAAUAA